AUGCCUUCCAGUUGCUGUUCUGGAAAUUUCUCCUCUCGCCCCUAUAGGGGCCACCUGCAACACUCACAGUCCUCCUGUGGUUCUUCCUUCCCCCAUCACCUGGUCCACAGAACUAACUUCUGCUCCCCCAGACCCUGCCAUCUGGGAUCCUCUCUCCACAGUGGCUGUCAUCAGAACUUCUUCCAGCCCAUCAGAUGCCAGACUUCCCAUGUGGUCCACAGCUCCUGCCAGAGGCCCUGCAACCGCCCAAGGGUCACCAGAUUCUGCAGUCCCUGCCAGACGACAUAUGCUGGCUCCCGGGGUUUUGGGUCCAGCAGCUGCCACUCCCUGGGCUAUGGGUCUAGAAGCUCUUACUCACCGAGCUGUGGAUCCAGCAGCUUCAGACCCGUGAGUUACCAAGUCCGUGGCUCUCCUUCCUUUGGUUAUGGAUCUGGAGUCUGCCACCCAACCUGUGUUACUUCCAGAAGUUCCCAGUCUUGUUACAGACCCACCUGUGGAUCAGCCAUCUGCAGAUCAACUUGUUGA